CUCUCUCUUUCCCUCGAUAUUUUAGUUUCGUCUCUCAAACUCAAGCUUGAGACUUAACAUCGGCAGCUAUCAGUCGCUUCCCUUGAUUCCUCUCCUUUCUUCUCCUCGAACUGAUUUUUGGAGAUCUUUGACAUGAAUGCCUUCAAGGCCUUCAAAGCCAAUGUCCCAAUUACAUGGAGUCCUAAUCUUUAUAUCACAUUAGUGAGAGGCAUGCCAGGAACAAGGAGGCUUCACCGACGUACAUUAGAGGCAUUGCGGCUCCGAAAGUGCAACCGAACUGUCAUGCGCUGGAACACACCAACUGUUAGGGGAAUGCUUCAACAGGUAAAGCGAUUAGUAGUGGUUGAAACAGAAGAAAUGUAUAAAGCUCGUAAACAGAAGGUGGAACAGCAUGCGGCCCUCCGACCUCCAUUAGUUGUAAAUCACCUUCCUUCUCCAAGUUCUGCUUCUGCCUCUUGAAACAUGCAUUGCUGUUAGAUAUCAGGUCUACUUCUCAUUUAUCGGGACGAUGUGAGAAGGAUUAUAUUUGAGCAGUGUACUUUUCUGGAAUUAUUUGAUAAUCAAGGCUUUUAUACUCUAUA